AUGGCAUCUCAAGACAAACCAGCCAGGAACGGUCCCUGGGCAGGAAACUUCAAGCUUAGAAUUCACGGAGGACCCAUCAACCAGGAGGGAGAGGAGGUGGAGAAGUUCGGCUUCCCCAGCCCUGGAUUCAUCUCAUUGAACAAGGUCAGCCGCGGGCUUGGGAAGGCGGAGCUGCAGGGCAUCUAUUGGUCUUUCUGCUCGUGGCUGCAGCCAGACAGGCACAGUAAGCUAGAGAUGAUUUUCCAACUGUCAGUGGAGCAGUUCCUGCUCAACAGGCCCAGCAGCGAGAGGGCUGCGUGGCGGGAGAAGUGGGAGUCGAGUGGCAGAGACCUGGAGGCAUUCAUGGAGCACCUGGGGGAUGAGGACCUGAGGCCCCCCAGAAUGAUACAUCUCAGCAUGGGGGGGCAGGACGCCCUGUUCUCGGAGAACAUGCCCAUAGGACAGGUCCUGGCCCACCUCCAGGAGCAGUGCUCAGCAGCAGCGGCCAAGGCGCUCACCCCGGGGACACCCUCCCCGCCUCCCCCAGAGACACCCCCACCAGCAGCACCAGGAGAUGCAGAUGAAGAUGGCGACAACCUUUCCAGUCCAGACCACCAACCCCUGGAGGAAGAGAGCCCUCAGGGCCCCGCAGAGAGCGAGGUGUCCGGGGAGAGUCCACGCAGCUCCGGUUCAGCAAGUCCGAGCGCCCCCACUGCCCAGGAAGAGCCUCCCCGAGAGGAGGCGCCCCGGGAGGCGGGGGGCGCCCAGAAGCUGUACCGGUGCGACCAGUGUCCCCGGGUCUUUGAGUACCUCUGUCGGUUCCAGCUGCACCAGAGGAGGCACAACAACGAGCGGCCCUUCCUUUGUGCCACGUGCGGCAAAGGCUUUUUCCAGGCCUCUGACCUGCGCGUGCACGAGCUGAUCCACGCGAAGGAGAAGCCCUUCCGCUGCGGCCGCUGCGACCGCGCUUUCAGCCACCGGACCAACCUGCAGGCGCAUGAGCGCAUCCACACGGGCGUCAAGCCCUACACGUGCGCUCAGUGCGGGAGGACCUACCGUCAGUCCUCCACCUACCACCGCCACCUGCGGAUGCACCAGGGGCAGGCCAACUAA